AUGACGGCAGUACGUGACGAGAACGACCAACAGGCGCGCGACUUAUCUGCCGCGCGUGCGGCGAGUGCGCUCGAUGUCCAGGCGCUGGGGCACUAUAUUCACGGCGCCUCUCAAGCACUCGAGUCUCGAAGUCGAAUUUCGCAGACGCUCGCGCGUGACCCGCUCUUCGCCGGACCAGCGCCUACAACGCGUCCAGACGUAUAUGCCCGGUCUAUGGCACAGAUGAACAGGCUAUACGCACUCCAGGAAAAUGAUGGCUGGACGGAGCAGGAUGUUGAAGCUGCAAUGGGCAUGUUGGGCGAAGGAACUGGCAUGACGCUGCACCAUUCCGCCUUCGUCCCCGUUUUUCUCGCACAGGCCUCGCCCGAACUUCUCGAGCAGUUCGGAACGCUCGCACGUACCCGUGGUAUCAUCGGCUGCUACCUCCAAACCGAACUUGCACACGGAAGCAACGUGGACGGACUGCAGACGACCGCUACGUAUCUGCCUGAGACUGAUGAAUUUGAGUUGCAUACACCCACGCUUGGGGCACGCAAGUGGUGGAUCGGCGCCCUUGGACACACGGCGACGCAUGGUGUAUUGCAAGCGCAACUGAUUCUCAAGGGAAAGAACCACGGGCCGCAUCUCUUCUUCGUGCAGUUGCGAGAUCUAGCUACGCAUGUACCGUUACCCGGUGUCUCAGUCGGUGAUAUCGGGCCAAAAGUGCACAGCGCAUGGCGCGCGACGGACAAUGGAUACGCCAGCUUCAACCGGGUGCGAGUACCACGGACGUGGAUGCUUAGCCGAUUUGCGCAGGUCACUAGAACAGGCGAGUACGUCCGCCCUCCGCAUGCAAAGAUAGCAUACGGCGGGAUGAUGUACCUCCGUGCGGGUUUCACAGCACAAGCAGGUUGGACAUUGGCCAAAGCGAUCACUAUCGCGAUCCGGUACACUACGAUACGACGGCAGGGUGCGCCGGACCCGACGUCUAUCGACCCAUCGGCAGCAGUUCCGGGUGCCCCGAUGCUCGAGAUGCCGGUUCUGAGAUACCCGUCGACAUACGCCCGUUUACUGCCUGUUCUGGCUCGUGCGUAUGUUCUGAUAGGUCUCGGACGCUCCAUGAUCGCAACGUUCCAGAGUUUUUCACAGUCACUCGCCAACGGAGACACGUCCGCUCUGGGAGAGAUGCACGCGCUCACCAGUGCGCUCAAAGUGUAUGCCACCAGCACAGGCGUGCGAGACAUAGAGGUAGCGCGCCGAAGCAUGGGCGGGCACGGCUUCUCGGCGGCUGGCGGUGUUGGCCGCAUCUACGCGCAAUACCUCCCAGCCGUGACAUUCGAAGGCGACAACUUUGUACUCGACCACCAGGUCGUACGCGCGGCAGUUAAAGCGUAUACGUAUGCACGGACCCAUACCAAUUCACCACUCCCGCCCUCGUCGGCGUAUCUUCGCCUGCUCAAGACUGCGCCCCCAACCUUCACGAAGGAUAGGGAUUGGGCAGACCCCCGGAGAAUGGCGAUGCUCCUUGAGAUGCGCGCUGCACGGGUUGUCGAGGCGCGCGCGAGUGGCGGCGAAGACGCUGAUGAUCCUGGUGUGGCCGCGCGUGUCAGCAAUGCUGUUGCAGCCGCUUUCGUAGGCGCUCAAGUCGUUGGCAUGAUCGAUGCUCUCGGCGCGAGCGGGCUUGAUGCGAGCGAACAGACUGCCAUUGCAAACUUAUAUGUUCUUUUCCUACAAGCCGAAGUUGAGGGCUGCUUGGGCGACUCGUAUCAGUUCGGCUUGUUGCAGGGUGAAGCGGCCGCGCAGUCGUUGAGGCGCGCUCUGGGGACGACAUGUGUGGAUGUGCUACCCCAUGCCGUCAUACUUGUCGACGCAUUUGCAUUUCAAGACUGGGAACUAGAUAGCACGCUCGGUGUUGCUGACGGUCGAGCCUACGCACGUUUGAUAGACCGGGUGGAGACGGAUGAUAUGAAUAUCGACGAGGCUCAUGCGCGAAAGGUAUACGAGGAGAGCAUUCGCCCGAUCUUGCACCGGGGGAAGAGGAUGGCUAUCGAAGAGGUGGCCGUCGUGGCUAAACUGUAG